UAGUCACGUAGUCCUUCGUCACUUUUGAACAAAAUAAUCCCUCCAUUUUUCUGAAGGUAUCGGGUGUAAUAUUUCAUUUUUCUGCUCGCCAAAACAAUUUUAAAUGUUAGUGCAAUAAGAGAAGUUGCCUAUGGGAAGAUGGUUAAGCGAUUAGAUAAAGAGAAAGAAAGGACAUCAUAAUAAAGUACUGCGGAGGAAUUUUUGUCAACCUGUGAGACAACGGAGUGAGAAGAGUGAAUGCGAUUGAGAGGGGCUUAAAGAAUUGUCUUCUGUGUAGGCGACAUUCUUUAGCCGUAGGCCCCUGCCUACGCGUAUCGUCAGAAGGGAGAUGGAAACCUUGAUGACUAGUUCCACCCUGCCUACCCUUUUUGCAGAUGAAGAUGGAUCCAAGGAGAGUAAUGAUCUGGCUACCACUGGGUUAACCCACCCAGAGGUUCCAUAUAGUAGUGGAGCCACGUCAUCCACCAACAAUCCAGAAUUUGUGGAGGAUCUCUCCCAAGGUCAGUUGCUUCAGAAUGAGUCUUCAAACACAGCAGAAGGCAAUGAACAGAGGCAUGAAGAUGAGCAAAGAAGUAAACGAGGAGGUUGGUCCAAAGGAAGAAAGAGGAAGAAACCUCUUCGAGACAGCAAUGCACCCAAAUCCCCCCUUACAGGAUACGUUCGGUUCAUGAACGAGCGUCGAGAACAACUUCGAGCAAAAAGACCAGAAGUCCCAUUUCCAGAAAUCACAAGGAUGUUAGGCAAUGAAUGGAGUAAACUCCCUCCUGAGGAAAAACAGCGCUACCUUGAUGAAGCAGACAGAGAUAAAGAGCGUUACAUGAAGGAACUGGAGCAAUAUCAGAAAACUGAGGCCUAUAAGGUUUUCAGUAGGAAAACCCAGGACCGUCAGAAAGGCAAAUCUCAUAGGCAAGAUGCAGCCAGACAGGCCACUCAUGAUCAUGAGAAAGAAACAGAGGUAAAAGAACGGUCUGUUUUUGACAUCCCUAUAUUUACAGAGGAAUUCCUGAACCACAGCAAAGCUCGGGAGGCAGAGCUCCGCCAGCUUCGCAAAUCCAAUAUGGAGUUUGAGGAGAGGAAUGCAGCCCUGCAAAAGCACGUGGAGAGCAUGCGCACAGCAGUGGAGAAGCUGGAGGUAGAUGUUAUCCAGGAGCGGAGCCGUAACACUGUCUUACAGCAGCACUUGGAGACCCUGCGGCAGGUGUUGACCAGCAGCUUUGUCAGCAUGCCCUUGCCUGGAAGUGGAGAGACACCUACAGUGGACACCAUUGACUCAUAUAUGAACAGACUGCACAGUAUUAUUUUAGCUAAUCCUCAAGACAAUGAAAACUUCAUAGCUACAGUUCGAGAAGUUGUAAACAGGCUUGAUCGUUAGAGAAUGGUGAGUGCUCAUUGAUGUCAGCACAUCUUCAAAAAUAAGAUGGCAUUAGACUUUAUCAACACCACUAAAACCCUACAAUUACAUUGAAUAAAUGAGUUGGAGACUUGAUUAAAAAUUCUUGUUGCAUAGUUGCUAAGUAAGUAAAUAAUGUUGGAAAACAGAAUCGGGACAGUUUUUUUCUCAUAUAUGCUUCAGCAUGGUUUAAUGGAAAGAGCAUGAUUUUUGUGGUUGGUUCUACUCAUUACCUGUAUUCUCUGGUGUUAGUUUCCAGAGGGUUUUGAAGAGUGAAUGAGAACCUUGGAGAAAAUUGCCCCCCAAAACAGCACUUAGAUAUAAGAACAAAAUAAAAAUCAAUUAAGCUUUCUUUUCCCUGGAAAAUAUUAAUGAUAAUUUACAACAGUAGUCAGUGAGACAUACAUAAGAAGCUUUUCAUUCACCACCCAAUUCAGGUUAACUAUGAUGUUAAAUGUUAAUGUAGACUAACCUUACAGUGAAACAGUGCCCUGAUUAAAUGGAUUAGAAAAUAAACUCUCAAUAAACAAAAAAGAGA